GGGACAAGUUGCUUGUCCUGGGCGGCUUUUCAGGCCAGGAGAGGGGCGACUGCCACACCUACGACGUCGCCGCCGCCCGCUGGCUCUGCCCCGCCGAGGGCGCCGCCGGCGCCGCGUGCGGCGGCUGCGCGGCGGCGAUCCCGCCGCGGAGCGUGUUUGGGGCGGCGGUGCACGCGUGCGGCGGCGACGGGUGCGGGCACGCUGGGCACGUCGUCCUCUUCGGCGGCGAG